AUGCCAGCCUGUACUCCGGCUUCGGCGCCCUCGGCUGCUGAGUCAGGCGCUAUGCAGCCGGUAUCGGUCAACAUACCUCCCACGGCCCCCGAUGCUACCGCUGCGACGAAAGCGGUCAAGCCCACCGGACGUAAGCGCAAAGCAGCGGCUGCUCCAACGGGCCAGGAUGACCUAUCGCCGGCUCAGCACGAUACUCCGCCGGUCAAGAAGGUUGGCAAGAAGCGAAAGGCAAAAGAGAUCGGUGCAGGUGUUCCCGAGGCAGAAGAGGAGAAGGGGUCCGAGGAAAAGGGCGAGAAGGGAGCUCCGGCGAAGAAGCGAGUCGAGAAGGCCAAAGCGGCGUUCUGUCGCGAUCUGCCCGACUGGGGAGAGAGGACAGACUGUGUGUUGCUGGACAAGCUACCGGCGGAGGUCUUCGACAAGUGCUUCAGUCCUGAUACAUCUCUUCAGAUGCAAGAUUGGGUGUCCCUCGCAGGGGUCAGCCGCUUCUUUCGUGAUCGACUAGACGAUGAUUUCUUCCACCACAUCUUCCACCUCCAAGGGCGUCAGCCGGUCAUCCCGUGGGCGCAGAGGAACGAGCCUCACACUGUGCCCACACCGUCUAUCACCUUCACUAAGCCGCCCGGACCUCGCGCCGCCUGGACAUACGAGCAGUACACGAAGUACAAGACGGACAAGCGGUCAUUCGCCGUCACUCAGCGCAAAGCCCGAGCUGAACGGGCCGAGUUGGCGGCAACGCAGGCAGCUGAGCUCAGGAAGAAGAACCCGACACGCAAGAUCAAGAGCCAGUACUUCACUGCCGUGGUGGCUGGACUGAAGGAUGGGGAGGUGAUCGGUGCGAAGGCAGCGGGGGAGACUGCUGCUUCCGAAGCAACGCCCUCGGGACAGGAGAAGGAGGAGGGAGAUGAAGCGGUGGGCGUCCCAAUCACCAACGACGAGCGAGGGUGGCAGGUCCCUGACACCGAUGGGGAAGACGAUCUCGAACCGGAAAUUGUAAGGCGGUAUGACGAUAAGGGGAACAGGAUGAGGCUCGAUGGGUGGCCGAGCGAGUGGAGGUUCAAGUGUGCUGAGGAGCUCAAUGAUACUUGGAUCACCCUCACCGAUGCGAAGAAGAACUACAAAGUCACCAAGCCUGAACUGGUGACUCUGAAGCACGGUCUAGCGCCUUACAACAAUCGAUAUCCGAACAGGUUGACGCAACUCUUCCGCGUCCCUGCCGUCAGAGCUCUCGCAUACCGAUCUCACGGCGGCUAUCUUGGCCAUAUCGACCAUAUGCUUGAGAAGGCUCAGAAAGCGAAACAGACCGCGGCCAACAAGAAGGCAAAAUUGUCCGCCGAGACGGCCGUGGCAGCCCCUGAGCCGCAGCAGACCGAAGCACCGGCUACGACGGCUCCAAGGCGGGUACGCCAUGUCGAUGCGGGUUGGGGUUUCCACUAUGGCGGGACUUCGCUCUUCGCCAAUCUCGGUCAGGAUGAUGGUUGCAGCUUCUAG